GAGUUUGGUUUGAUUGUUAGCCAAAGCUCUUACUAGAUUGAUUGAUUUGGCUUUAACAACAACGUAAAACACCCACCAAACUCCACAGACACAUUUGGCAUAAUUGAUUUGCGUUUGGGAAGAAGAAAUAACGAGGAAUGGUGAGGUUUGAAGAUAUCCUUUUCUUGGAAUUUGGGAAUUAAUGGGUAGCAUUAGUAAUUAAGUUAGAUGUUGAAACCUGUGCUUCUUGGGUGAGAGGGGAAUUCACAAAUUCCAAAGUUGGAAGGAGUGCAUUUCGUUGUCAAUUUCCCGUUUGACACUUGACGGAGGUUUUUGACUUUACCGCAGGCUGGGCUCUUCAAUAUUCUCAUUUUUCAGGCGCUCAUAAUCUCAGAUCCAUUGCUCAUGUUGUGCGCGCUAUGCCAUUGUAUUUUUCGUAUUGAUACCUCUUUCUUUUAUCAAUCAAUCAAUCAUAUGAGUCCUUUCGCCCUUUUGGCCGCACGCUGUGCAUGCUCUUUCAGGAGGUACAACUCCUCAGAACACCCAUCUGGUAAUUCUUGCGCAUUUUGAGAGGAGAUCUGGAGACCCACUAACUUCAACUGGUAUCUUGUGAGAUGGUCUACUGGAACUGCCAUCUGGGUCAUCAAAUUACCAACAGAAAUCCCAAUAUAGGGCAUACAGGUUUUGACUACUUGACAUACAAGGACUUGGGUUCUUUGGGGGGAGGCUAGGUUGAGCGUCAAACCCCUAUUGGGUCUAUGUGUAUAUAUGUUAAUUCUGAAUGCCUGGUGGGCUGGUGUGCAAGGGGCAAAUUAAAUGCCCAGGUCCAGAGAAUUGCGGAUUUCAGACUACUUGGUAGUUCUGGUAUUAGUGCCCCUGGUUAGCCUUGUGAUCUUCCGCAGAUGGAAGAAGAACUGGGCUGCGAAGAAGGCAGAAAUACGGAAGCUGCUUGUAUUGGCUGCAGAGGAAGCUGCAAGGGCUGAAGAAGAGGCUGCACAACUCUACACGUCAACUUUUGUAACACGGUAUCAGUGCGCUCUCUGUUUCAGUCCUAGCACAACAAGGUGCUCCAGAUGCAAGGCUGUCAGAUACUGCUCAGGAAAAUGCCAAAUAGUUCACUGGAGGCAAGGCCACAAAUAUGAAUGUCAGCCACCUGAUAUUGAUGAUUCAAAUGCUUCUUUGCCACAUGUUUCAACUCAAGGAAGAGAAAUCGAUCUGAAUUCUAUAUCUGAGCCACAAUUUUUUAAGUCCAUUGAUGCUAAUGUACAAGGGUUAAGUACCUCAUCUAAAGCUUCUGACCAAUCAAAUGAGUCUAUUUCUGAAUUUUCUCCUUCAAAAAGAUUCGAGGACUCAGCAUCAAAGAUUGGUCCUGUAAUUGCAAAUGAAAAACCUGAUCCAAAUUAUGCUAUCCCCAAAGUUCUGGAUUUCAGUGUUAAAUCAUCAGUUAACAGUGCCACACAUAAUGCUUCUUUAGGGGAUGCUCUGGUACCCGAUGAUCCUAUUACUGAUGUACCAACCCAAAAACUUAGUGUGAGCAACACAAGCACCUCAACUCCUGCAAAUAAUGUUUUGUCUUCCAAGGUCUUUGCAAGUGAUAUCCCUGUUUCUAAGGAUGAGAGGAAUGAGCUUCCUGGAUCUGGAAUUGCUUUGGACAAUGGUUUGGGCUCUAGCAGUUUUGAACGUAAAAUUCACAACUCUACAAGCUGUACAGAGAAUCUUUGUGUUUCCAUGGAUGAACCUGAUCUUCCAGUUGCUAGAAACAAUCCUCCCAUAUCUGAGGAGCCUGUACAUGAUAAUAUUACUUUCAAGGCAGCUAAACAUUCUUCUAGCGCUAGUGCCCAUGUGGUGAAUCCAUCUAGAUCCUUUAAUUCAGCCUCCAGCAAUAAUGACCGUAUGGUGGAUUCAUCCAGGUCUCUUAAUCAAUCUCCUAGCACCAGUAAAAAUGUCAUGGAUGAUCUAACAGGCAAAAGAUCCAUGAAGAAUAUCUCAAAUUUUGGAAAUCUAGUCACCAGCUCAUCUGGCCAGAAGGAUUCAACCUCUUUGAAUUCAAGAUCCUCCUUUAAUUCUAUGUCCAGAACUGAUGUCCAUAUGGGUGAUGCAUCUAGCCCUUGCAAUCAAUCUUCCAGCACCUGUAAGAAAGUGGUGGAUAGCCAAACGAGGAAAAGCCCUAUCAAUAAUACCUCAAAUUCUGGAGAAUCAGUUACCAGCUCCCCUGUCCAGAAGAAUUCAGUUCCUUUGGCAUCAAGUUCAAAGAGUUCACUGCAGACCAAUGAUGAUUCUUCAAGCUCCACAUCCUCUGUUUUUGUAGACAGUACGUCAAAGGUUAUGAAUACUAAAAUAGCAACAUCUAAAGUUGAGAAUCAAAGGGCUUCAGAAAUAAGUGGUACAAGCAAGAGGUCUGUUAGAUCUGGUUUUCAACAGUCUUCUCCACUUAAGGAAAGAGCUCCUGUUUGCAGCAUAUCACGUCAAAAGAAUGGCAGCCAUGAUAUAAUUUCUUCUAACACUUUCCAUACUGUUGUUUCAUCUCUUCCCACUGGUAAUGCCUUGAAAGCAUCUGUCAAAAAAGUUGCACAGCAGCUGAAAUCUUCAAAAGCCUUGAAACAAUCUUCAACAAAAAUUAUUAAUGAAAGCUCAGGAAAAUCGAACCAGACACUGUUUCCAUAUGAAUCCUUUGUCAAACUUUUCAACUGGGACAAGCUUGAAUUGCCACCUUGUGGUCUCAUCAAUUGUGGAAAUAGCUGCUAUGCCAACGUGGUGCUACAAUGUCUGAUAUUUACACGGCCUGUUGCUGGAUAUCUACUUCAAGGAUCUCAUUCAAAAAAUUGUCAGAGACGUGAGAGAAAUGAUUGGUGCUUCAUGUGUGAGCUUCAGCAACUUGCUUCCAGGAUGAGGGAUGGAAAAGGUCCUAUUUCACCCUUCAGAAUACUAUCACAAAUACAAAACAUUGGCAACCACCUUGGGUAUGGGAAAGAAGAGGAUGCUCAUGAAUUUUUAAGGUUUGCCAUUGAUGCAAUGCAAUCCGUGUGUCUUGCUGAAGCUGAUGGAGGGAGGGCAGUUGAUCCACUAUUGCAAGAUACAACGCUUAUCCAACAGACAUUUGGGGGCUAUCUUCAAUCAAAAAUAAAGUGUUUGAAAUGCCAAUACAUAUCUGAGCGGUAUGAUCGCAUGAUGGAUCUGAAUGUGGAGAUAGAAGGCAAUAUUGAAUCUCUUCAAGAUGCACUUGCACAAUUCACAGCUCCUGAAAUAUUGGAUGGUGACAAUAAGUAUAAAUGUGACAGGUGCAAAUCUUAUGUGAAAGCUAGAAAGCAACUGACCGUACAUGAAGCUCCCAACAUUCUUACUAUUGCUCUGAAAAGGUUUCAGUCUGGGAAGUUUGGCAAACUCAACAAACGUGUCAUUUUUCCUGAAAUCCUCAAUAUGAAACCAUACAUGAGUGGAACUGGUGACAGACCGCCAACAUACAAGCUUUAUGCAGUAGUAGUGCAUUUAGAUAUGAUGAAUGCUUCCUUUUCUGGGCAUUAUGUAUGCUAUGUGAAGAAUUUGCAAGGGGCCUGGUACAAGAUCAAUGAUUGCAAGGUAAAGCAGGUAGAGCUUGAUAGAGUACUGUCUCAAGGGGCAUAUAUGCUUCUAUACUCAAGAUCUUCACCUCGACCACCAGCUAUCAUGAGGAAUGGGAUACUUCCUCCCUCCAUGCCAGCAAAUGCAGUGCAUUGUGAACACGCUGUCAAGACACCAGUGAUGCAGAAUGGACUUGAAAGGAUCAGUGUGCUUGGCACAUCUCCAGCGACCUCAUGUACAGUUAAUUUGGAAGACUAUGGGUUUGAUUAUAAUGGAGCCCCUUCAUUCAAAGGAGGCAGGAUAAAGGGUUCCAGGGACUAUGCGGAUUGGGCAUCCAGUGAUUCUGGGUCUCUUUUUAGUUGUUCAGAUGAAGCUUCUUGGAGCACUGAGAGCAAUAGAGAUUCAACGAGUACGGACGAUUAUGGUGAGACAAUAUUUGGAGAUUCGGGGCGACUCACUUGUACCAGUUCUGGAUUGCCUGAGGACCCUUCCAUGCUGCAUAGUUCCUUUUUUUGCACGAAAUCAUCUCCUCCUCUUCAAACAGAAUAUUAUUUUCAGAAUAAUGCAUCUUUCCAGGAUUCUGUAUUUUCAAAUCAACAUUUCUUUGAUGAUAUAUACCACCAAAAUAGGGAAACGGAUCCAGAAAUAUCCACUUCCCCAUUUACAACUCCCCGGGAUACUGAUGGGCUACCUGCCUGGCUUAAUAACAGUGCUAGCAGCUUUUUUUUCUCCCCAUCAGUUCCUUUGGGACAUGUAGAAACCAGUUCUGAUUCUGAGCCAUCUAGCUUAAAAAGUUAUUGGUUAGACAGUAGGAGUAACAAAAACAACCAUGCAGGAUUUUCGCAGUUUCAAAAUUCAGUUGGGGCUCCUGGUGCGUCAGAAAGUGGAGCCCUUAUGAGUGAAGAUUUUUCUGGCACAGUAAAGUCAAAGCACAUCAAAGAGAAGUCCAUGCCAGAAUUUUUGCAAGAACCUGCUAGGUUAAAUUUUGAUGUACUUUCAAGAUCAUUCAAUGCAACUACUAAUUUUGAUUAUUGUUUGGUACAUGACACAAGAACAUCAGAUUCACUAACCGAUUAAUUUCUUGGGGUUGACAGUAACUUUAUUAUAAAUGUAUAUGGAAAUUAAUUUGCUGA